CCCGGCGUUGGGGGACCUGGCUGGGGUUUGCGCCGCCGGGGCAGGGUAUUGCCCCGCGUCACUGCGGGCUGCCCCCCCCUCCCCCCUCCGCCCGGGUCCCGGCUGCCAUGGCCGAGGUGAAGGUGAAGCCGGAGGUCCCGGACCCGCUGGAGAUAGAGAACAGGAUCAUCGAGCUCUGCCACCAGUUCCCUCACGGCAUCACCGACCAAGUGAUCCAGAAUGACAUGCCCCACAUGGAACCCCAGCAGCGGGCCAUGGCUAUCAACAGGCUGCUUUCCGUGGGACAGCUAGACCUUCUCAGGAGCAACACUGGCCUUCUCUACAGGAUCAAAGAGUCUCAAAAUGCUGGUAAAAUGAAGGGAUCUGACAAUCAAGAGAAGCUGGUCUAUCAAAUUAUAGAGGAUGCAGCCAACAAAGGUAUUUGGAGCAGGGAUAUUAGAUACAAAAGUAAUCUACCUUUAACAGAGAUCAACAAGAUACUGAAAAACUUGGAGAGCAAGAAACUUAUUAAAGCUGUUAAGUCUGUGGCAGCCUCAAAGAAGAAGGUGUACAUGUUAUAUAACCUGCAGCCUGACCGGUCCGUGACUGGUGGGGCCUGGUACAGCGACCAAGACUUUGAAUCUGAAUUUGUGGAGGUGUUGAACCAACAGUGUUGUAAAUUCUUACAGACUAAGGCAGAAGCAGCUCGCGACAGCAAACAGAACCCUAUGAUACAGAGAAACAGUUCGUUUGCAUCAUCCCAUGAGGUGUGGAAAUACAUUUGCGAGCUGGGCAUCAGUAAGGUCGAAUUGUCAAUGGAGGAUAUCGAAACUAUUUUAAACACACUAAUAUACGAUGGAAAGGUGGAGAUGACCAUCAUUGCUGCAAAAGAAGGGACAGUUGGCAGUGUGGAUGGACACAUGAAAUUGUACAGAUCUGUCAAUCCUAUCAUCCAACCCACUGGGUUAAUCCGAACACCCUGUGGACUCUGCCCAGUCUUUGAUGACUGCCAUGAAGGUGGUGAGAUUUCUCCAUCAAACUGCAUUUAUAUGGCAGAGUGGCUAGAAUUUUGAUGGCAAGAUAAGAACCAUGGAUUGUACCACUCUUUGCAGCCUACCUUGAUGAACCAAUUGGCUUUUUAAUCGUGGACUCGGGAUUUUUUGUGAGCGACUUCAGGACAUGACGUUAAUUUUUUUUAAUUACAUGCAGAGAAGCAACACAUUGGUUUGUUAGCAAUCCUGAUAAUGGACCAAAAGUGAUGCACUACUUGAGGUCAGGUCAUUGAUGGCAACCUAUCCUCAUUCUCGCACCAAAAAGGCAUAGUGACUUGACAAACAUGACAACAGGAGUGGGAUGUAAUAGAAAAUCUUGGAGAGUUAUGUAUAGCUCUGUACUGAAGGUUAUAUUUUGAACAUGAGAAAAGAAGUCGCUAGCUCUGAUCUUUACAAAGAACUCUGAUGUUCAAAGUGGUAAUACCGAGCAGAGAGCGCAGUCCUAAAGGCAGCACCUUACUCCAGUGGUAACAAAAGUCUGGUUGGAGACAACUGUUGCAUAACAAAGGCUCGAGGACAUUGGAAAGCAUCACUCAUUGAUUCUUCCUUCUCCUCCUCUAGUGUUAUAAAUAAAACGCUAUUUUAAUAUCAACAGGUA